UCCCAGCCAUGCCAUCGCUCUUCAUUAAAGUCAUUAACAGCACCGCCGUGCAGGCUACGUGGGAGCCCUCCAUCAAACUGGGCCAGCACGAAGGCUUCAAGCUGUAUUACCGCAAGGUGCACCUCUCACAGUACACGGGGCCGGUGCUGCUGCCCAGCAACGUCACGGCCUACAACAUUACCCACCUGGACGCCUCGGUGGUGUACGAGGUCAAGCUCCUCGCCUACAACCAGCACGGGGAUGGAAACUCAACAGUGCGCUUCGUGUCCUUGAGGGAAACGGUGGAGAGGACAGUGCUGAAUCCCCCCUGCGACUGCAUGAAGGACGAGCAGAGCAACAAAACCUCCGCCACCGGCAUCAUCAUCGGGAUCCACAUCGGCGUCACCUGCAUCAUCUUCUGCGUCCUCUUCCUCAUGUUUGGCUACAGAGGGAGGCUGCUGAUGUGCAAAAACGUGCAGGAGCAGCUGUCGACCCCACAGAUCCCCCGGAGCCAGCGCAGCGCCGCGGGCCUCGUCCUCAACGGGGCCGCUCGCAGGGACAGGGACGACCGGGAUUUGAACGGGAAGCAGCUGGACAUGAACGAGCUGGAGAGGUUAUUCCCAGCAUCCCCCACCCAGGAGCAGCAGGAUAAGGGAAUCCCA